AUGUCUGCCGCCAAGACCAAAGCCCAAAACAUCAUUGAUGAGAAUGCUGUCGCCGUCUUCAGCAAAUCUUACUGCCCGUAUUGCAAGGCCACCAAGACUCUCUUGAGCGACCUUGGCGCAAACUACUACACUAUUGAACUUGAUCAAGUUGAUGAUGGCUCUGAUCUCCAAGCUGCGUUGAAGGAUAUCAAUGGCCAGACCUCCGUUCCCAACAUCUAUAUCAACAAGAAGCACAUUGGUGGCAACUCGGAUCUCCAGGCCAUCAAGGGUAAGCUGCCCACGCUGUUGAAGGAGGCUGGUGCUGUGUAA